AGAGUCGUGGGACUUGGGCUCUGGAGAUGGCGUUCUUAGCUUUGUUUGUAUCUGCGACGAAGUUCGCCGGUGUUUUGGUUACUCUCUCCGUCGCCGCCAACGCCUUCUCAUUUUCUCGUUACCGGAGGAAGAAUCUCCAGCCCUUCCGGUCACCUAUCGACGAAUCGUCUGAGACGCUGGCCGUCUUCAAUGUUGAUCCCAGCACUGACGGAGAAAAGGAGUUCUUCUUUGGAUUGGCAACAGCACCAGCACAUGUUGAAGAUAGGCUUGAUGAUGCUUGGCUCCAAUUUGCAGAAGAACACCCUUGUGACAAAUCAGAGUCGCAGCAGGGCUCACAACCAUCAGAUGCACUAAUUGCAUCAGCUAGUGGUGAUGGUGGUUCUCACCUAGCUUCAUCAUCUUCAAUGGAAGCUGCUGAGAGAAUGAAGAAAAAGAAACCUCUUAAGAUAGCUAUGGAAGCCAUGAUUAGAGGGUUUGAAAAAUACAUUGAAGAAGAAGAACAUGCAACAAAUGAUGAAUGCCAUCACAAUGUAGCUGCUUGGCACAAUGUUCCACACCCGGAGGAGAGGCUAAGGUUUUGGUCUGAUCCUGAUACUGAAUUGAAACUGGCUAAGGAUACUGGUGUCCGUGUGUUCCGGAUGGGAAUAGAUUGGACUAGGGUCAUGCCAAAGGAGCCACUUAAUGGACUAAAAGAAAGUGUUAACUAUGCGGCAUUGGAACGAUACAAGUGGAUCAUCAAUAGGGUUCACUCAUAUGGAAUGAAAGUGAUGCUGACCCUAUUCCAUCACUCAUUGCCACCAUGGGCUGGAGAGUAUGGAGGGUGGAAACUGGAAAGAACUGUUGAUUAUUUCAUGGAUUUUACCAGGCUGGUUGUUGAUAGUGUAUCAGAUAUGGUAGACUACUGGGUAACAUUUAAUGAGCCUCAUGUCUUCUGUUUGCUAACAUAUUGUGCGGGUGCCUGGCCUGGUGGUCAUCCUGAUAUGUUGGAAGUUGCCACUUCUGCUCUGCCAGCUGGUGCUUUCAAACAGGCCAUGCAUUGGAUGGCGAUUGCACACUCAAAGGCUUUUGAGUAUAUCCAUGAGAAAAGCAGCGGCUUAUCAAAGCCAUUGGUUGGAGUAGCACACCAUGUCUCAUUUAUGCGGCCGUAUGGUCUUUUUGACGUUGCUGCUGUUACACUGGCCAACUCAUUAACCAUCUUCCCAUAUGUGGAUAGUAUUUCCAAUCAACUGGAUUUCAUAGGAAUAAACUACUACGGACAGGAAGUUGUCUCUGGUGCUGGACUGAAGCUGGUAGAGACUGAUGAAUAUAGUGAAUCUGGAAGAGGGGUAUAUCCCGAUGGCUUGUAUCGCAUGCUGCUUCAGUUCCAUGAAAGAUACAAACAUCUAAAUAUACCCUUCAUCAUUACAGAGAAUGGGGUGUCUGAUGAGACAGAUUUGAUUCGGCGGCCAUAUUUGCUAGAACAUUUACUUGCAGUUUAUGCAGCUAUGAUCAAGGGUGUCCCAGUGCUUGGUUACCUGUUUUGGACUAUUUCUGAUAACUGGGAGUGGGCAGAUGGAUAUGGUCCUAAGUUUGGACUUGUAGCUGUGGAUCGUGCCAAUAAUCUUGCCCGCAUUCCCCGUCCUUCAUACAAUCUAUUUUCCAAAGUGGUGGCUACUGGUAAAGUCACACGUCUAGACAGGGUACGUGCAUGGAAUGAACUCCAGAGAGCUGCUAAAGAGAAAAAAACACGACCAUUUUAUCGAGCAGUUAAUAAAGAUGGUUUAAUGUAUGCAGGAGGCCUUGAUGAACCUAUACAUCGCCCUUACAUCCAACGGGAUUGGCGGUUUGGACACUAUGAGAUGGAAGGUCUCCACGACCCGCUAAGCAGAUUCUCAAGAUACAUCCUCAGUCCUUUCUCCCUCGGAAGGAAAAGGAAGCCGCAAAGAGACGAUAACGACGAUUUGGUUCUUGAGCCUCUUGAAUUAAGCUUCUGAUUGCUCAUUCAUACACUUCUCAAGAUAUUUCCCCUGAAGCUAGGCUGCAGCAUAUUCAGACCACAGUAAAUCCACCCCCUCAUCUUGCCGAUCAUAUUGCUGAUAUGCAGGCACUAGCAUUAUUUCAUGAGUUGUACAGAUGUUGCUUACUUGAAAAAUAGUUAUCUGCAGGUUCUCUCUUUUGCAACUAAAAAAUAAAAUUACAAAGAGGCACUUGAUACUAAGGUUGGAAGACCGGAAUAUGUUCGGAUGCCAGGGUAAGAAUGGCAUUAAGUGUAUGAAGUUUAUCCAGAAUUUCUACAUUACUGCGUGUUCUGUGUCACCUCUUCUUCCUCUUUUUCUCGGUUGUAAAAUCCCAGAUGAUAUGUGUAAGUAACUCAGAAUCCAAAAUUGAAAAACACUGCAGCAUAUCGUUUCUUACGAAGAACUGCACAUUUAUCA